UACCCGCUACUUCCUGGGUGGAACCAUGAAGCAGAUUUGCUUCUGCGCUGCCUCCUCCUUCGUGAGCCAGGAUUGGAGCAAGAAUGACGAGAAACUGCUUCAGGCCGUGGAGUACAAUGACGCCAAUCGUGUCUCCUCCCUCCUUCUCCGGAAGGGCCUCGUCUCCACCAAACUGGACUCAGAGGGGAAAUCGGCAUUCCACCUGGCUGCAACGAGAGGAAAUGUGGAUUGCCUGGAGGUGAUGCUGGCACACGGGGCGGAUGCCAUGACAGCCGAUGGAUCAGGGUAUGCGGCGUUGCACCUGUCCGCCAAGCAUGGCCACCCCCAGUGCGUAAGCAAGUUGCUGCAGGCUUCCUGCCCCGUUGAUGUGGUGGACAGCCAUGGACGGACAGCGCUGCACCAUGCAGCUGUCAGUGGGUGCAUCUCUUGCUUGGAAAUCCUCUGCGAUUCCAAGGCUCCCUUGAACAUCACGGACCAGGAUGGGGCAACCCCCUUGAUGCUUGCAGCCAAGAUGAGCCAUUCUGAGCUCUGUCGUUACCUGCUGCAUCGUGGAGCUGCUGUCAAUGCUCAGGACCAGCAGGGCCGAACAGCCCUGAUGGUGGCUUGCGAGAACGGCAGUGUGGAGACUGUGGAGGUUCUCGUUCACGGCGGGGCACGGGUUGGCCUCAUGGAUGCCACGGGCCAUGAUGCGGCACACUACGGGGCAGCCACCGGCAAUGCCCUUAUCCAGCACUACCUGCAGGAUGCGGCCCAGCGGCACUCUUGGGCCAGUGAAGAGGAAUCCACUGAAAUUUCAUCCCAGGCAUCCUCUCCCCGGCAUUCUCUCACCAAGGGAAAAAACCAGAGCCCAAGGAAAAGGAAGGCCCCCCCACCGCCUGUGAGUACCUCCAACCAGGAUGAUCGGGAAGCUUAUGAAGAAAUUGUCAGGCUGCGGCAAGAGAGGGCUCAGUUUCUGCAGAAGAUCCGGAACCUGGAGCAGCAGCAGGAGAAGCGGAAGCAGGAGCUGGACUUGGAGGACAGCUCCCUGCACGUUCUGGAGAAACAGGUAGAAGAGCUUCAGAAGCAGCUGGUGGAGAAAACUGGUGAGAAAGAAGACCUGGGCAAGGAGCUGGAGGCCCUUCGGAGCCGCCUGUCAUCUAUUGAAAAUGAGAAGGAUAAUACCAGCUAUGACAUCGAAACACUGCAGGAUGAAGAGGGAGCCCUGCUGGAGUUCCCAGGAGCUGAGCUGCUGCUCUCCAGAAGGAGUCGCAGUGUCUCCACGGAGGAGCUCCUGGACACCCUGCAAGAGCAAGUUCAGUCUCUGACCCAGAAGAACAAAGAUCUGACGGAGAAGAUCCAGGUCCUGGAGAAUUAUGAGAAGGACAAAACUGAUGUGGAGGCUUCCGGGGACUUUGUCCCCCUCGUCCUGUAUGACUCACUCAAGUCAGAGUUUGACAGGCUGAAGGAGCAGCAUGCAGAAAUGCAGGCAAUCUUGAAGGCUCUUGCAGGUGAUGGGACUGACGGAGCACCUGGGAAACUCAUCCCAGCCACGGCCUCUGAGGAGCUGAAGAUCGGAUGCGAGGAGCAGCUCGGAGCCCUGAAAGCAGCAUGGCAGAAGAUCAGCUCCUCCAUGGAUCAGGGCAGUGGGGACCAAGAGGUGGAGGGCAAUUCUGGACCGGGGACGGAAGAAGGAAGUGGUGCAGGCACAGAAGCAAGGGGAGUGGAGGUGGAGGAGCUGGCCAGGGAGCUGCACGUGACCCAGGAGCAGUACCAGGAGGCUCUGGCUGAGGUGCAGCUCCUCCAGGAGCAGAUUGAGCUGGGCAUCCUCUUGGUGGAGGACAAGGAGGUCGCCAAAGGUGCUGGAAGCGAGCUUGAGGCAGUGAAAACCGCCCUGCGCCAGGCUAGGAAGGACCUCAAGGAGCAAGACCAGAAGGUGAAGGACUUGGAGGGCCGGCUCAGGGCCCAGGAGGAGGCCGCCCUGCAAGGCUGCUCCAGUGAAGAGUGUGAGGAGAGGAAGUCCUCACUGGCCAUCUCCUUGCAUGAGGCCUGCAGGGAGAAGGAGGCCUUGCUGGGGAGGUGCACUUCCACGGAGGCAGAGAUACAGAAGCUGAAGGAGUCUUUGGAGGAGAGAAACCGGGAGACUGAGAAGGCAGAAGGAAGUGCGUCAGAGAGCCGGGGGCUCCAGGAGGAGGCCACUGAGUUGCAGAGGCAGCUGGCGGCCGUGACGGAGCAGCGUGACGAGGCGAAGGCCCAGGUAGAGGUGCUCCGAGAGGGCCGCCGGAAGCUGGAGGAGGAGCUGGCCUCCCAGUAUGUCUCCAGGCUGGAGCAUGAGGACUGGGUGGGGAAGCUGAGGGCCUCCCUCAUGGAAGCGGAGAGCAGCCGGGCUGCGCUGCAGGAGGAGUGCAACUCUGCCCAACGGGAGUUGGCAGAGUUACGGGAGGCUUCUGAGGGCUACCGACGGGAGUCGGUGCCCCUGGCAGAGCACACCCAGGCCAAGGAGGCCCUGGAGGGCACCCUCUGGGAGCUGAAGGCCAAGGCCAAGCUGCUGGAGCAGGACCUGAAGGCCAAGGCCCAGGAGGCAUCUGGCCUCCGGGCGGAGCUGGACGGGGUCCGGCAGGGCGCCGUGUCCAAGGAGGCCCACGAGCAGCUGCGGGCCAGCCUGCAGGGUGAGGUGGAGGCCCUGAGCGGGAAGCUGACCGACCUGGGGCGCCAGCACGAGCGCACCUGCACAGAGGUCUUCCGGGUGCAGCGCGAGGCCCUCUUCAUGAAGAGCGAGAAGCACGCAGCUGAGGCGCAGCUGGCGGCCGCGGAGAAGCAGCUGCAGAGCCUGCGGGCCGAGUUGGUGCGCGUCCGGGAGCUGCACAGCCACAUCGAGGACUCGGCCAAGCUGGUCCAGGAGAAGGACAGGAAGAUCACUGAGCUCUCGAAAGAAGUCUUCAAGCUGAAGGAAGCUCUGAAUGACCUUUCCGAGCUCUCUGGCGAGGCCUCCCCCAAAGCUGCCUCCCCGCAGAAAGCCGGGAGUGGCCAGGAGGCAGUGGCCCUUCGGGGCACAAUCCAAGACCUGGAACAACGGCUGGCCGAAGCUGAGCGACGCCACAGCAAUAUCGUCUCUCUCUACAGGGGACACCUUCUCUACGCAAUCCAGGGUCGCAUGGAUGAAGACAUCCAAAAAAUCCUGUUCCAGAUUUUGAAGAUGCAAAAACUCCAGGAACAAGGGAGAUGAAGCUGAGCAAGGAGGAUCAUGGAGUCUGGCCUGGGGCUGGGGAGGUGGAGCCUUCCUUGCUGGACAUUUAUAUAGAACUUAGAGUCACCUCCCUUCCCUCACACAACCUUCCAUCCCUUCGUGUGGCACUCAGGUUCUGUUCUAGGCAAGAGCUUCUUUAAUUUCAAAUUUCUGUUGUCCUUCUAUCCCAGGGCAAGUGUGGGCCAGA